CAUGGGGCCCCUGUUUCCUUGCCCACACUGAAAGCACACCCAAAAAAACCUAUAAAAGGUACCAGGGGCAUUUCAUGGGGCCCCCUACUGACCCUGGGGCCCCGGGCAAUAGGGGAUCAUGGGGCCCCUGUGCCCUUGCCCAAACUCAAAAAUGCCUAUGAAAAAGGUACCAGGGUCAUCUCAUGGGGCCCCCUACUGACCCCGGGCCCUCGGGCAGUGCCCGAGUUUCCAAAUGGUCAGUCUGGCCCUGCCUGGCACACAUCUCAACUCCAGUAAACAUCUGCUUGCAAAGGAAGACUUCCCAAAGCCAAGUCCUGUGCAGAGGCAGACCACACAAA